AUAAAUUCAGAGAAUUAUAUUUUACUAAAAUAAAAUUUACUGAUAGUUAACCGCUUAUUAUUUUACACCAAUAAUUGCAGUAAGUUAACCCAAGUAAACACAUGGGUCAUUUAUGAUGACUCGAUAAUCUUUUUUUUUCUGUUAACAAAUGUCACAGCGAUAAAAAUGUUUAAAAAAAUAAUUUGUCAAAGUGCAAUAGUGUUUCGCUUAAAUAAAUUAUUAUUGUCACACGUUGAUUAUAAUUCUCGUCAUAUUAUCAAAGCGGCUUUAUCAGAUUCGGCAUCAAAACAUUUGAAUCCACCUAAAAAUACGUUACAUGCUCCGAUAAAUGAAGACCUUGUUGAUGAAAUUUUUAAAUUUAAAGAAACUAAUAUCAGUAAUUGGAUCAUUGAAAACAAAGUAGAAUUAUUGUGUUGUUUGUAUAAAAAUUUGUCAAUAGAGAGCAAACAGGAUUUCCUCUGGGCACUAGCUUUGAAAUAUGCAGUUGAUCAUAAACAUAUUCAAAAUCUUGCUGAUAAAAUUUCAUCAACACAAGAAGAAAAUUAUCAAAAAUUACUAACAAGAGAAAAUAUAUUAAAAAAGGCUCUUACUCCUCGGUAUCACUGGCUGUUUGUUCUAAUGGGAAGAUUGGAAGGUGGAGUUAAAUUCCUCGUUGAUUUACGGACUGACGUUCUGGAAUUACUAUCAGAGUCUACAGAUGGUGAAAAAUCGGCGAUAAUGCAGCAAUUAAAUUUGACUUUGCAUGAUUUACUGUUACUUUGGUUCAGCGUUGGAUUUUUACACUUGGAGCGGAUAACAUGGCAGAGUUCUUGCGACAUGUUACAGAAAAUUUCAGAUUACGAAGCGAUACAUCCUAUAAAAAAUUGGAUUGACUUGAAACGGCGGGUGGGCCCUUAUCGUCGCUGUUAUAUAUUUACACAUCCUUCAAUGCCUCGAGAGCCUUUGGUAGUCCUUCACACGGCUCUUUGUGAUGUAAUUCCAGAGACUGUUAAGGGUAUUGAAGAAGCUGAAAAACGAAUUGUCGAAAAAACUACAACUCUGUCAAUACAAGAAAAUGUUAAUCACAUAAAAGCUGCGGUGUUUUACUCAAUUGCUACUACUCAAAAGGGAUUAAAAGGUAUUGAGCUUGGUAAUUAUUUAAUCAAGGAAGUUGCUAAGGAAGUGAUACGUGAAUUUCCAAUGAUCGAUCAGCUUUCAAGUUUAUCACCUAUCCCAAAGUUUAGACUGUGGUUACUCGAUAAUAUUAAGCAAGAUCCCACCGCAAUCUUCACCGAAGAUGAAUUAAUAAAUAUAAAAAAUAUUUUAAGUACUGAUGAUAUUUUUUUAGCGUUAAAAAAAUUAUUUAAUAAUUCUCUGUGGAUGAAUGACAAACAUAUUGUUAGUGAAUUGAAAGAACCAUUGAUGAGAGCUUGUGCGUGGUAUUUAUACAGAGAGAAGCGACGUAAUUACGCUCUUAAUGCUGUCGCAAACUUUCAUCUUCGUAACGGGGCUGUGAUGUGGCGAAUAAAUUGGAUGGCUGAUCCGUCACCCCGUGGCUCGGAGCAUAGCUGCGGACUGAUGGUUAAUUACAGAUACUUUCUGAGUGAGACUGAAGAUAAUAGUCGCAAUUACAUCGAGGGCAAUAAAAUAAAAGCCUCUGAGGGAGUUAUUGCCUUGGUGGAAAAAGCAGAAAAAUUAAGAAAUAAAUAAAUGUUAAUAAAGAAAAAAUGUUUAAUAAUAUUUUUUACUAAAAAAAAAAAUAAAUAAUAAAUUUCUAGUAAAUGAUGGAGGAAUUAUUUAAAUGCAAAAUGGAAUAUAUAAAAGCUGGCGUGCAAGAAAUGUCUUUUUUUUUUAUUUAUUACUCUUCGAAUUUAAUGUUUUUAUUAAAGAUUAUUAAAUUUGUUCAUUUAUACAAUUGCUGGAUUCGCCCAGCUCAUAUUCAGCUCAAGUAUCCACAGAGAAAUCUGAAACAAGUAUCAACUUUCAUUUUCAUUUAUUUCUCAAUAAUAAAACUGUAAAUAAACAGAACUAAACAAGCGUAAUAUAAGUAAAAA